AUGUCCGGAGAAAUGGAAGUCGACCCUCCCGUCUCGCAAGAGCAGACCGAGCCGCAGACCAGCAACGGUGGCACCGAUGCACGAACACAAACUGGGGCUGUUGCUGUGCGCAGUAUCGAAGGAUGGAUUGUGAUCGUGACAAACAUCCACGAGGAAGCGUCCGAAGAAGAUGUGACCGAUCUUUUCGCAGAAUAUGGCGAGAUCAAGAACUUCAGUCUGAACCUUGACCGCCGCACAGGUUACGUGAAGGGAUACGCAUUGAUUGAAUACUCGACGCUACCGGAAGCCGCUGAAGCCAUCAAAGAGUUGAACGGCUCAAAGCUGCUGGACCAGACGAUUGAAGUCGACUACGCAUUUGUCCGACCACCGCCAUCUAACAAGGGGAAGUCCGGAGGAAGAGGCGGCCGUGGCGGGAGAAACCGCAGCAGGAGCCGUGACCGAAGCCGCAGCCCCGGGGCUGAGAAUGAGAGAGAUUAA